ACCUGCUCACAGGAGUAACACUCCCAGGUUAAGUCAGAGCCCGGAGGGAGGGAGGGAACCAGGAAGGGAGGAGUGCUUGCCCAGCAACCCAUGGCCACUCCACAACACAGGCAAGGGGCCCUUCUCCCACCUGCCGGUCAGGCCGCCCAGGCUGUGAGAGCCGGAGGCCAAAGGCUGCAGGUGACAGGGUGCCUGCGGGAUUUCAGAAGAGAGCUGCCAUCCAAGAACUGAUCCGGGAGGUAGGGCCAGAGGCCAAAAGCAGUGAGCGAAGGAGCUUCCUGUACUGCCCGCCCCCAGCCUCAGCCAGGUGUGGGGAGAAAUCUGUGCCCACCGUUCUAGCAGCAGGUGCGGGUGGAAGAUGACUGGAUUUAACACCCACAGGGCUAGGACCUGUGGGUUGGAGUUGGGUCUGUCCGUCCCUCCUGGUUAGGGGUUGAAGGCACCACUGUCUAGGCUGAGGCAAAAAACAGAUACCUCCACCCCUUCUCCUGCUGGCUGACCCCCAGUGUCCAGGCGAAGGAGCUCAAGGGACAGGGUCGAGUCCAAGAUGACAAUCUAAACAGCAUCUCUUUCCUUGUUUUUGUCCCUAACAGCCCUUAAUCCUCUAAGCACCUAGGAAUCCACUCAGCCCUGGACUAUUUGAUUUACGUGUCUCAAAAACACAGCAGCAGGUCCAUGGCUGGUAGGCCUGUGCCCCCUGGACGCCAGGAGGAGGAGACUGCCAAAGACCCCGGGUUGAAACUAUCGCUGGCCCGGCCUCCGGGCCAUCUGCCCAGCAUUGAUGAGGCCCGACCAGCAGGUCCGGGCCCAGCCUCCCGCCGUGGCUCAGUGCUGGGCCUGACUUCAUCCUUUUCCCGCCGCAACUCACUGGCUGGACCAGGCAUGGGUCCUGGGGGCCGGCGACCGUCCUUGGGCCCAAUGCCGCCUUUAGGCUCAAGGAUCAGCUUCUCCGGGUUGCUCCUGGCACCUCCUCGGCGGAUGGCACCCUCAUAUCGCACCGAGCCAGCGCCUGGGGAGCGCUGGGAGGCCGUGCGAACACAACAUGCCCUGGAGGAAGUGCUGGCCACAGGACUACAAGACACAGUCUACUCUGGCACCAAGGCAGGGCCCCUGGCGCGGGAGCUGUGCGAACUGGUGCACACGCGCCUGCGAGAGCUCAGCCCGCCCCGCUACAAGCUGGUGUGCAGCGUGGUGCUGGGGCAGCACACGGGCCAGGGCGUGCAUGUGGUCAGCCGUGCGCUCUGGGACGGGGCGCAUGACGGCCUGGCCUCCGCCACCUUCACCAACGCCUCGCUCUUUGCAGUGGCCACGGUCCAUGGGCUCUACUACGAGUGAGGAAGCAUCCAAGUU